CCGGCUUGCCGUAGAAAAGCGAAAGUCCUCUGAGUGAAGAUGUCAUACGUGAAGCUGGUGUCACUGUGCUCCGUGGCUCCCGGGCUGACGGCCCUGCUGAGUGGCUCCGUGUUGGCAGCCAGCGAGGUGAAGAAGAAGAAGAGCUCCCUGCUGAGUAUCGAUGAGCUGCCGUCUCUAUACAGCAGUCCUGAAGUGGAGCCUCCGCAGUACGUGGAGCCGGAGGCGGGCCAGCUGGAGCAGAGCAUCGCGUCACUGAGGAAAUGGGCCGAGCCGUACACAAACCAGUGUCAGGAAACAGGUCAGGCUGCUAUGGAGAAAGUUGAGCGAGCGUACAGGACCGUGGAGCCGACCAUCAACACGUCCGUCACAACAGUCACAGAUGUGUACCAGUUCCUCAGCGACCCUCCUCCUGAUCUCUACCCCAGCGUGGCUGCUGUCAGUUUCUCUGGAUUCCUGGGACUCUAUUUCGCCCAAGGCUCCAGAGUGAAGCGGCUGCUGUUUCCAGCGGGACUCAUGGCUCUGAGCGCCUCCAUGUUUUAUCCUCAGCAGGCUGCCUCUUUAUUAAAGGUGAGUCGGGACUCAGCGUACGUCUGGACUCAGCAGGGCCGAGCGGCUGCAGAGUCUCUUUGGAAAGAUCCACCGUUUGCCAAAAAGAAGUCUGAGAAGAAAGAGCGAACAGAGAACAACAACAACGACGACACGAGCAGCUGAGACGACACACACACACACACACACACACACUCACACACACACACACACACACACACACACACACAC